GGACACGUGCUGUUCGUCUACCGGAGGCAGGAGGAGGUUGAGGGAGCUUGUUGGGGACGAGAGGGGAUUGGAGAUUGUUGUGCAAGUUAUACGCACCGUUUCCUCAGAGGGAUAUCAGGAAGAGUGGUUGGAAUGGUUUCUUAUUAAGCUCUGCGUUGAGGAGUCGAAUCUCUCUCAGUUAUUUGCGAAGUUGGGUUCUUUCGAUGUUUCGGAUAUGUCUGGUAUUUCUGAAUCCGGAAGCAUAAUGCUCAACACUGAGCAAGCUUUUCUGUUUCGAAUCCUGUCAAAGUGUUUGAGUGAGCGGCCUCGUGAAGUGAUGGUUACCAAUGAGUUUGCUCUUGAAGUUUUAAACAUUCUGAAGGAAUCUUGUGGCACUGUGGAUUUCAGUACUAGAAGCACCUCCGAACUUCCCACUGGUUUCCCUGAAAUUGAUGUUUUUGGGUACUCGCUCCUCAUAUUAAGGGAUAUUUGUGCUUGGGAGAACUUUUCUUCACCAGGCACUGAACCUCCUGUUAUCUCACUGCUGUCCAACGGCAUUAUAGAACUUGUUUUGAGUUUUCUUCGUGACCUUGAACCCCCAGCAAUUGUGAAGAAAUCUAUCGAGAAAGCAAAUCAGCAAGGAGUGCAGAUGAUUUCCACUGAUAUGAAGGCUUGCCCUUACAGAGGGUAUCGAAGAGAUUUGGUAUCUGUCAUUUGCAAUUGUCUUCGUGGUAGGAAGCAAGUUCAAGAUGAGGUGAGGCAUAGAAACGGGAUUCUGCUGCUAUUACAACAAUGUGUUGUAGAUGAGGAUAAUCCUUUUUUGAGAGAAUGGGGACUAUUGGCAACAUCGUACCUAUUGGAAGGAAAUCCGGAAAACCAGAAUGAGGUAGCUCAACUUCAGAUGCAAGAGCCUGUCCAGAUGCCGGAAAUCACUAACCUGGGUCUCAAAGUGGAGGUAGAUGAAAAAAGUGGACGUGCAAAGCUGGUUAAUACAGUGGGAUGAUGGAACCAUCAACAACCUUGAAAGUAGAAGUCUCAACACUUGGAAGGUGCCAAUCUCACAAUUACUGUGGAUGAUAGAUAGUGAAGUAGAACCGUCCUCCGGUGCAUCAAUAUGGGUGCAUGUGAUAGCUUUAGGCAACAACAUGGCGCCUCAUAUAACGGAGAAUGGAGAAAACCGGUUCUUAAUGCAGUAAAACGCCAUCCAUAUUGUGCAAUUUCAUGGGCUUGCGAAAAUAUGCUCAACACGGAGUGGAUCCGCUGUGAUGUUGGAAAAACAACAGAUUUCUGUCGUGAAGCCUUCUCAUGAUUUGAUUGCAGACAGAUUGGCGGAUCAGAAAGAUGAUUGUAGUCUUAUAGCAGACUUUUAUUUAGUUGAAUUAAUUUAUUUGGAAUCCAAUUGUAUCCUGAAUUCUAUAAACUGAAGAAACAGUUACGGUAUUAUCUUGUAGCUUGGGAUGGUCUACAGAACUAGGGAACAAGGGGAUCUGAAUAUUGUUAAUCUCUCUGAAUUAGAUGAUGCUUUGCUGUUUGGCCGA